CCGCGACCAUCCACUAAAGUCGAGAGCGACCUCGGAUUCUUGCAUCGGCCAAGUCUACCGCAGCGAGGAUGAGCUGCUGGGACUGCUGCAUACGCGUGCUCAAGCGCUGCCUUCCGCGCAACGACAUUGUGCAGGAGCUCGCGCCGUACCUUAACACGACCAACGGAGGCUACACGGGCCAGAACGGGACCAACGGCCGCGCGAUCACCAACACGGGCAUGACCCACCGCACCAACUCGGAGCGCGACCUCGCCGGCGGCUCGAGCGGGCCGCACUCGCAGCGCACGCGCCGGCGCGACGGCGACAUCAUCGACAAUCCUGCCUCCGCGGCCGUCUCGGCGGGCCGUGGCAAAGGCUCGAUCCUCAACCCGCAGUCGCUCCAAGCCGUCAAGAGCAGCAGCAACCGGUCGCUGCCGCGCAGCGACACGGUCGGCACCAACGGCUACGACUACGCGCAGCGGCCCGAGCACCGCUCCAUGACCGACGUCUACCUCGAAUUUAGCGAGACCGCCGACAUCCGCGCGCUGGGCUACGCCGGCGCCAUGCGCCUCUCGUCGGGCCACGCGACCGCCCAAGUGCACGACCCGUACACGCACGACUUUAUGUCGACGGACGUCCAACUCCCGAUUCUGCAGGCGCAGACGUCGGUGACCAACUCGGACGACGCGAUGUCGGACGAAAUGAACGUGCUCGUGUACGUCUCGAUCGCGGCCUUCCAGCGACUCUCGCGGCAGUUCCAAGAGCUCAUGGAGGAGGCGACCGCGCUCUACGUGCACAUGAUCCGGUCGCGCCUCGUCGAGUACGGCGGGAUUGAGCUCCGUUUCAACAACGAGUUCUUUAUCCUCGGGUUCCACUCCGAGUACAACGCGGCGCGGUGGUGCCUCGCGAUGCAGCUCGGCCUCAUGUACGCCGCCUGGAACCCCAAGUUUCUAAAAGCCCCGGAGGCGCAGGAAGAGCUCUCGCCCGAGAAGCCGACGCUUGUGUUUCGCGGCCUCCGCGUGCGCAUGGCGAUCCACCUCGUCGGCUCCGAGACAGACCAUGAAGACGAGUUUCAAGACCUUUGCGACGAGAGGGAAACGAAUCCGAAAGACCUCGUCCGGCUCAUUGGCGAGUGCGCGCACGGCGGCCAGAUUGUGCUCUCGGACGGCGCGUGGGAGAAGCUCAAGGAGCAGCUCGUGCAGAUGGGCAACCCGGUGGUCGAAGAUCUCGGGAAGCACCUCGUGGGCGGGUACCCGCUCCAGCUCUUCCAGCUGCUCCCCAAGCACUUGGAAGACCGGCGGUUCCUCACGCUCAUGUCGCCGCGGCAGUUGGCGCCCGGCAUGCGGGACGCGCCCGCGGCCGGCGGCGAAGUCACCAUGGUGUUUACUUUUAUCGAAGGCGCGCGGUCGCUCAUGCUCAGCGAUGCGCACAGCCUCGUCUCGCGGGUCAAGUCGAUCUGCACGCUGUCGCGCAAGCUCCUCCGCCAGUUUCACGGCUACGAGUGCCAAGAGCUCCAAGGCGACUUUAUGCUCGCCUUUCACCGUCCCGCCGACGCGGUCGCGUGGUGCGCCCAAGUCCAAAAACAAGUCUACGCGCUCUUCGAGUCGGACCCCACUGGCAUCCAAUUUCGCAUCUCGAUCGGCGUCGAAACCGGCGUCCCCGUCAGCGUGAGUCCGCACAAGUCGAGUGGCCGCGCCGACUACUUUGGCAACAUUGUCAACCAAACCGCUCGCAUCGCCAAGGCCUCGCGCGGCGGCCAGAUCCUCAUUGGCGGCGACGCAUGGACAGCGUUCCUCCAAGACACGACCUCGUACUUUGAGACGGCGCCACGCGGCGCGGCGUCAACGCCGUGCUACUUCAAGUCGCACGGCAAGUUUCUCUUUAAAGGCAUUGCCGCCGGCACGCUCUUGAUUGAAGCGAUUCCGAAAGGCCUCGAGCACGUCGUGCACUCGCCGAUCACGGCCAAGCGCUGCAAGAAGCGCGAGAGCCGCGCCGACUUGGGCCCGAAUGGCACGCAGCUGCUCUACGUCUGGAGCCAGUACUCGCUCGAAGAGGCGGGCUGCUCGACGAUCCGGGACACGGAGCUCUUUGAUGAAAAGUCGUGGUACGGCAGCCUCUCGGAGAUGUCGACGUCGGACCUCCGGUCGUGGUUCAACGACGAGAACAACUCGAACCUUGGCUUUGCGUCGCUCAACGAGACGUACGUCUAGGUAGUAGAUAUACACACAGUAGAGAAAGCGACGCUUCAUGCGCAUAUAUACGAUCGUUAAUAUAACUUAUUCUAGUCAGGAGGGAGAUAUUCGCCC